AAUGUGGACCUACCUUAACCUCUACACCUGCAGGGACUACAAUGGGUCUGAAUGAGAGGGAAUGUGGACCUACCUUGACCUCUACACUUGCAACGACUACAAUGGGUCUAAAUGAGAGAGAAUGUGGACCUACCUUAACCUCUACACCUGCAGGGACUACAAUGUGUCUGAAUGAGAGGGAAUGUGGACCUACCUUGACCUCUACACUUGCAGCGACUACAAUUGGUCUAAAUGAGAGAGAAUGUGGACCUACCUUGACCUCUACACUUGCAGCGACUACAAUAAUGGGUCUAAAUGAGAGAGAAUGUGGACCUACCUUAACCUCUACACCCGCAGGGACUACAAUGGGUCUGAAUGAGAGGGAAUGUGGACCUACCUUGACCUCUACACCCGCAGGGACUACAAUGGGUCUAAAUGAGAGGGAAUGUGGACCUACCUUGACCUCUACACUUGCAGCGACUACAAUGGGUUUAAAUGAGAGAGAAUGUAGACCUACCUUGACCUCUACACCCGCAGGGACUACAAUGGGUCUGAAUGAGAGGGAAUGUGGACCUACCUUGACCUCUACACCCGCAGGGACUACAAUGGGUCUGAAUGAGAGGGAAUGUGGACCUACCUUGACCUCUACACCCGCAGGGACUACAAUGGGUCUGAAUGAGAGGGAAUGUGGACAUAUGGGGCAGAUGAGGAUGGCUGGUACAUUAGGGUGGAUCAUGGAGGCCCCUGCAGCUGCUGCAUAUGCGGUACUUCCAGUAGGUGUGGAGAUGAUUAAACCUGAAAAACAGCAGAAGUACUUUUUGUUUUAUAGUAGCAUUUUUCUUGUAGUAUUUUCCAAGUGAGUCAGUGUUGUCUCAAGGGUUUUUUCUUCAGCGAGUUAAAUUUUUUGCAACGAAAAAUCUUUUUAGACCA